CGUUCGGUGCUUACCAAUGAGCUGAGUUUUACGGGGGGCGGCGUGGAGGGAAAGGAAAGCUUGGCCUUCGUAAAAGCUGAUCGUACAUUUAUUUCUGAUCAAGGUUAUCGUAAUAAAUCUAACCAAAAUAAGAUGUCUACUGGUUGCAAGAAUAGCGAGUUGAAGGGUGGAUUUCAGCCACCUUUUGAACAUUUUUCUACCCAGGCACUUCAUGCGGGGCAGAAUCCCGAACAGUGGAAGUCAAUGGCAGUGGUGCCUCCAAUAUCGCUGUCUACUACGUUUAAACAAAGUGCUCCUGGGCAGCAUGCGGGCUUUGAAUACAGCCGCAGUGGAAAUCCUACACGGAAUUGUUUGGAGAAAGCUGUUGCAGCAGUUGAUGGAGCGAAAUAUAGUUUAGCAUUUGCAUCUGGUUUGGCAACUGCAAUGACGAUUGUGCACCUGUUGAAAACUGGUGAUAACAUUAUUUGUAUGAAUGACGUAUAUGGAGGUACCAACCGAUACUUUCGCAGCGUUGCAUCCCAAAUGGGUUUGGAAAUCUCUUUCGUUGACUGCACAUCAUUGGAACGUCUGGAUGCAGCCAUUAAGCCAAACACCAAGCUUGUCUGGACUGAGACUCCUACUAACCCUAUGAUGAAUGUUAUUGACAUCAAGGGUUGUGCAGCAAUUGUACACAAACAUGGAGAUAUCAUUCUGGUAGUGGAUAACACCUUCAUGUCAGCCUAUUUCCAGCGUCCUUUGGCCCUUGGUGCUGACAUCUGUGUGUACUCAGCAUCAAAGUACAUGAACGGUCACAGUGAUGUAGUCAUGGGAUUGGCUUCAAUGAAUCGUGAUGAUCUCCAUGAGAAGCUGAUGUUCUUGCAAAAUGCUAUUGGUGCAGUUCCGUCUCCAUUUGAUUGCUACAUGUGUAAUCGAGGGUUGAAGACUUUGGCCCUUCGAAUGAAACAACACUUCGAGAAUGCAUUGGUUGUAGCCCAGUUUUUGGAGGCAGAUCCUCGAGUGGAAAAAGUUAUUUUCCCAGGCCUCCCUUCUCAUCCACAAUACAAUCUGAUGAAGCAACAGUGCACCGGAAGUUCGGGUAUGAUAACUUUCUUAAUUAAAGGAGAUUUGGAACAUGCCACAACAUUCCUUAAAAACUUAAAACUGUUUGCCCUUGCUGAGAGUUUGGGAGGAUAUGAAAGCCUGGCAGAGCAUCCGGCUAUUAUGACCCAUGCUUCUGUCCUGAAGGAGGAUCGAGAUGCAUUGGGAAUAAGUGACACGGUAAUCAGAUUAUCUGUUGGCUUGGAAGAUACAGCAGACAUUAUUGAGGAUCUACAUCAAGCAUUAAAAGCUGCACAUCCAAAUGUGGUGACACCUGACCAAAUCAUCGGACACGUUUGCAAUUCAUCUUCAUGUGUUCCAUUGAAGGCAAUGCAUUCUAUGACUCAGGAAAGACCUCAAAAAAAAAAUUGAUUGAUUGAAACGUUUUGUUUCAGUUAUGAAGUUUAAUGAAGCUUUAUUUAGUUAUACUCUCUUAAAAUGUAAUGAAAUAUCACUUGUUACACUGCAAUUGCCAGUUCUAAUAUGUAUACAAAUUGAUAAGUUGCAUUUAAAUGCCUUUUUGUAAUUUUAGUUUUCACGUAGCUUUGUGAAGGUUUGAACUCAUUUUGCUAAAAUUUAACUUUUUUGACUUUCUUGCAUUAUUCUGUGGAAUUUUGGAGCUAGGAACAGUUUUUAUGACGUAUUUGAGAGUUGAAGUGGUCUGUAAUUGUGAACUUAAAUGGCUGGAAAUACUGAGCAAGUCAGACUGUUUCAUUUUCCAAACACUCUGUUAAUGUUUUACAUUAAUGGCCUUUCAUCAAAACUGGAAAUACGUAGAACAAGCGGUGAUCAGUUGGAAACCGGUAAAGACUGGGAUGGAAAGAAUAAAGGGGAGUUCUCUGACAGAGUGGGAGGCAGCAGAGGUGAUGGUGCAGGGAAAAUGAAGUUAUAAUCACAAGAUUGUUAUGGCACAGAAGGGGAAUAUUCAGCCAAUCUCCUGCUUUUUCCCUAUAUAUUUCUAUCCAAAUAAUCAUCUGUGGCCCUCUUGAAUGCUUCAAUUGAACCUGCCUCCACCACAUUUUCAGAGUACAUUCCAUACAUUCACUACGCAAUGUAUACAAGAUUUUUUUUCUUCACAUCACAUCACAUCAUAUCGUAUCACGGGAGCCCUAUAAGUGUGGAAAUAGGCCCUUCAGCCCAACAAGUCCACACCGACCAUCCGAGCAUCCUACCCUGACCCAUUCCACCUGCCCCCCCCAACAUAAUCCACUUAAUCUACACACCCCUGAAAACUACAGGCAAUUUAGCAUGGCCAAUCCACCUAGUCAGUGCAUCUUUGGAUUGUGGGGGAAAAAGUUCAGAGCACCUAGACAAAGGGAAAAUGUGCAAACUCCAUCCAGACUGUUGCCAGAGGGUGGAAUCGAACCUGAGUCCCUGGUGUUGUGAGGCAGCAGCGCUAAUCACUGAGUCACCCUUAAAGGGUAAUGACCCAUAUGGGGAUCAAACCCACGACCUUGGUGGUAUUAGCACCAUGCUGUAACCAACUGAGCUAAUCAGCCAACACCCUUGCUUCAUUUGCACAUUACUUUAAAUCUAUACCAUCUCAUUUUUUUUUCUUUUACGAGUGGGAACAGCUUCUUCCUGUGUACUGUGUCCAGCCUACUCACCAUUUUGAAAACCUCUAUCAAAUCACCUCUCUGCCUUCUCUCUCAACAGAACAGUCCCAACUUCUGCAAAUUAUCCUCCUAACUGAAGCUUCUCAUUCCUGGACCUGUUCUUGUAAAUCACCACUUCACUGUCUCCAGUACAUUCACAUUUUUGCUAUGUGUCCCCCACAUCUGUUCACAAUACGCCAGCAGAAAUUUAACAGGUGUCUUGUACAAUUUCAGUAUCACCUUCUUGGUCUUGUAUUCCUUUCCCUAAUUAAGAAAGCUAAGAACACUAUGCUUAAUUAAUUGCUCCUGCCACCUUCAAUGAUCUGCACAGGUAUACACACAGUUGCUUCUGCUCUGUAGUCCCUAUGUUGUGUUGUCUUUUGAUGUUCUGCUGACCAAAACGCAUCACCUCCCACUUCUCUGCACUGAACCUCAUCUGCCAACUGUCUACCUCCUCCUCCAACUUGUCAGUGUCCAUUUGAAGUUCUAUGCUGUCCUCUCAGUUUACAAUUCUUCCAAGCUUAGACUACAAAUUAUGAAAUUAUUCCUUGCACAUCAAGCUCCAGAAUAAUACAUAUCAAGAUGAACAAGGGGCCCUGUACCAAUGCCUAGGGAACUCCAUUGCAAAUCUUCCUCCAACCCAAAAUAUAUCCAUUGACCAUUACUCUUUCCUAUCAAAUCAGCCAUUCUUAAAAAAUCUAUGUUGCUGCUGUCCUUUUUACACCAUGCCCUAUCACUUUUCUCACAUCUACUGUGUGGCAUAGUAUCAAACACCUCCUGGAAAUCUGUGGAUACCACAUCAACAAUAGGACCCUCAUUGACCCUUUCUGUUACAUCUUCAAAAUACUCCAAGUUAGUCAAACAUGAUAUUCCCUUUAGAAAUCAUUGCUGACUCUUCCUAAUCAACCCACCUUUUUCCAUGUGAUUACAAAUAAUUGUUUCUGUAAACUUCCCCACCAUCGAACUUAAGCUAACUGAUCUAUAAUUGCUGGGACUACCCUUACAGCCCCUUUUAGAACAAGGACAUAAUGUUUGCAAUCCCCCAGUCAUCUGGAACCUCCCUGGAGUCCGAGGAUGACAGAUUUUGGCCAUUGCUCCUGGAAUUUCUACCCUCCCUUCCUUCUUGAAUGCAUCUCAACCAAUCCUGGUGUUAUGUCAACUGUAAGUGUUAACAGUCUAUCCAAAAGUACUUCCUUAUUAGAAGGGUUGAAGAUUAAUGACGCAGUUUCCUCCUCUGUCACCAUGGCCGGAUCUUACUCUAGUUUAGCCUUAUGUUGUUUUCUUCCCAAAUGGCACUUACCGAGUUGAAGCUUUUUGUAAUUAAGGGUGUGAAAUUGUAUGGAGAAGGAGAUUGCAGACAGGCUUUGGGAAAGAAAAGAGGUAGGGGAUAGAAAAACUCACGAGAGGGAUUGAGAUGCAAAGGAAGCUGAAGAGAUGGAGGUAGGGGAAAAGCUGGAUUUGAUGUUGAGUUGUAAUGUGCCUCUUGAGAAGUGGGGGCAUGUGAUUUGGCCCACCAAAUACAUUCUUCUCCUCCCCUUGAUCAUGGCUGAUCUUCUACUUCAAUGCCACUUUUCCAAACCAUCUUUAUUUCUCUUCAUAUUUCUACAAUCCAAGCUGGUGUUCUUACCAGACUAGGCACCUUGCAGGCAGGAACUUUGGAUUAGUAUUAGAUCAUAUUUUAACUUGUUUUGAUUUCAACAAAAUGAUUCUGCAGAUUUUGCUCUAUUAAUCAACUUCCAUUUUAUUGUUAAAAGAAAUUGAGAUAAAAUGAACCAAAGCAUCAAACGAUGAUAUAAGUUAAAAUAUUUUUAAAAGGUGAAAUAUAAUAAAAUAAUUAUAUAACAUACAAUCUCAUUGAUUUCCAAAAAACACCUUUUCACAAAUUGAGAAGAAAUAAAAUGGCUUUUGUAUAAUAUCUGAAAUAUCACUCGUACAAUUCUCUUAUCAAAGUCUCUGUAUCAAACACUGAGGUAGGUUUAAGGCACUUGUGAUUUCAACUUUUGGACAGGAAUUUCAGGUAGCUUCUUUCUGGAGCUGUCAUAGACCUGAGCUUCAGUGCACUCCGUGUUAAGUAACUUCAGGGAUUGAUCCCAACAUUUCUGGCCUGGGUCUUGCAUUAACUCCUCACUCUCUUAGGUAGCCUAGCUAACUAUAUUUCCCUUUUCAGGAGCACGUAUCUGUGCAGUGAUUCUAUUCCAGGGAUUUAGCAGAACUGCUCUACACGAGGUUAAGAAUUGAGAUUCAAAUGUCUCUCUCAAGUUAUUUUUUUUCCGUUAACUAUAACAUGUAUCUGAAAUCGCUAACCAACCUUGUGCUGCCUUAUUUGCCUUGCUGGGUUGCAGAACAAAAGAAAACCAAUUGUGGUACUCUAAAGUCUGGCCUCAAAAAUGCUUUUUUUAAAAAGAAAAUUCACCAUGGCUAUAGAAAUACUUGAAGUUAAUAUUAUCUUGAGACACUCAAGACCCAAAACUCAAACUUGCAAAAAAUGACACCUUUUGUGUGCAAGCACAGGAGAUGGAACACAUGCCUUAAACUUGUAUUCAAACAUUUCUGCAGUUUGUUUGUAUUUUUACUUUAGCAUUGUAAUUAAUGCUCAUGUUUUGACAUUUUAAUCUCUAUCAUAAAUUUUUAAACUCUUCUCCAUAGCUUUGAACUUGCUUUAAAUCUCCUAAUAUUUCUUUGUCCUGAUGAAAGGUCAUCAGUGGGAAAAUCAGUACUAUUUUUUUCCCUCUCUACAGAUGAUGCUUGUCUUUAGAGUAUUUUUGGACAUUCUUUUUUCUUUCAAAUUUCCAGCAUCCGCUGUGUUUUGGUUUUGUAGUCAUGUUUAUAUGGAAGCCUAGAAAUCAUUAAACUUCUAACUGGCAUCUGA